AUGAGGCAUGUUGGAGUGCAGAUCCAGAUCGAAGGAGGUGCAAAUCGCAGAGUUUUUGCAAAUAUUCAUAUCAACAAGAAAGGAAGAUGUCAAUUGUAUGGCAAUGCUUUAGAAGAAUUUUUCAGAGAUAUUGGCCUUGGACCUUCAACUAUUAUGCAUAUCGUUUAUUACAAAGAUGCUAAUCUAUUGCGUAUCUUCCAUUUUUACAAUGAUGGAUGCCAGCGUCUUAGCCUUGAUGACACUGCCAACAUUGGAAAUUGUUAUCUACUUAGCCUAGAUCUUAACACUGCAUCACGUUGUGACAUUAGCAGACGUUAUUUUGGUACAAUAGGUUGGCCUUCACAUGAGAAAACAGCAAGAGUUAUUGAUGACAAUGGUAAUCACUGGCUUUUUCCUAUAUCUAUGGAUGAUAACGAACCUUCAGCAUGCGACUAUCAUAUGCCAAAAUACCCCAAUCGUUUUGUUGUGGAAGGAGACAUUAGAGCAAUCAUGGUUAUGAAGAAAAUUCCUGCUGGCAUCAAAUUGGGUUUCCGUAUAAAUGCAAGAAAAGUCGCAAACAAGGAAGCAUUGAUACUGGAAGUUCUCUAA